AAUUGUGUCUUUUGUGGCCGCAAUGGUAGCAAUUUAGUCUCAAGUAGUCGAAGAAUAUCGUGUCUUCAACUAUUAAAAUCGUUGCAUUAUCGUUGUAAUCAUUGCCAUUAGCGGCUGAAUCAUGUAAUUAAAAAUUAACAAAGAACUACCAAGGGAGGAUUUCUAACAACACGCAACCGUUAUUGUGUCAUUUGUUCAAGGAGACACUAAUCUGGCUUAAAAUUUCAUUCAUUGUUAACAACCAUACGUCAUUAUCUCUUGAUAAAGUGAUAUAAUUAUCCGUAUCGGUAAUAAAAUAACGACGACAUAAAAGUGUAGUGUGCUUUUUUCCGCAACUCGUCUGUGCAGUGAAGAUUUUUAAUUUCGUACUUAAGUCGAGUUCCAGCUGUACUUAAUUAUAGAAAUUUUCUCGUUAAAGAGCGAAUGACGAAAGAGUAGAUUGCGACUGGUCAAGCGCCACCCCAGUCGCCUGGCAAAUAAAAUGCUAGACUCAUGGAAAAAACAAUUUUCGUUGAAACAGUUAUCCUUGCAGCACGAUAAACCGAUCACCUUCGUGGUUUCGCAAUGGCAAAGGGAGCCGAAGCCGAGCAUCGUUUAUCUCGUUUACAGAUGGGCGAUAGCGAUAAUAUUCUUCGUUACUUUCGUGAUAUCAAUCAUCGACUUGAAGCACCCAGACGCUUCGUCUUCAUUUAGAGCGAAAUGGUUAAUUUACUUGACAAAUUGGGGCUACACUAUGUGCACGCUACAAGCUCUCCUCGCCGCUAUUAUGCUGUCAAUUUGCGUGUUGGCACCUUAUUUGCACAGCAAACCCAACCUGGAAAGCUCGGCCCUCAAACUCCAUAAAUUCUACUGGGUGACCAACGUCGUAGGCACCGAUAUCGCCUUCGGGGUCACGUCGCUAUACUGGUCCUUGAUUUACGACGAAAAGUCGAUGGAUCUGGACGCGAUGAACUUCUUUGUUCACGCUAAUAAUUCGAUCUUGAUGAUGAUAGAUCUCUUCGUUGUGGCGCAUCCGAUUCGGCUGCUCCACUGCUGCUACCCCAUUGUGUUUGGAAUAUGUUACGCACUAUUUAGUGUCAUUUUUUACGCAGCGGGUGGCAUCAGCAGAGAGGGGAAAGUUUUCAUCUAUAACAUCUUGGACUGGAGUAAGCCCGGAAUUACGAGUGCAGUUUGCAUAGCUGUCCUUGGUUUUCUUGUGAUCGUGCAUAUUAUCUGUUGGGCACUACAUAAGUUAAGGUUGUGGAUAAGUUCCAAGUAUUUGAUAAAAGAGGACAAAGGUUUGAAGGAAGGAGAGAUCGAACCAUCUAAAGCUGCGUACGUCAACGAAGGUUUAGCAAGUGAUAUGGUGUGAUAAGCAAGAGAUAUUUUAUUUUGAGAUUUUCUAGUUCCUUGAGUCAUUGUGAGAAACCAGGGCAUGUAGUUAGUAACAAAACACCUAUGUAACAGAAAUUGUAAGAUAUUUUUUACCUGUUGUAAUUAUUGCUAGCAAUAAUAAAAGAGAUUUGUUGCGAA